CCAUCAGCAGGGCAUCAAAACCGACCGAGCUUUCAGCCGAGCAAGUCGUGCCCAUCUCCGCAAAGCUGACAAACCGCGUUCGCUUGCACAGUAAAGAGAGAGAGAGUGAGAAUCGAUAAACGGGCAAAGAGUGCGAUCACAAGCGCGCGUGUGUGGUACGACGAUACGACCAACAGAGAACAGAGCAGCUCAACAACAGCGCAGCGGCAGCAGCAUCAUUCGGGAAGUGGCAGCGAACGGAGCAACACGCAGCCUCCGAGCGGAUUACACUUCAACGAGAUUGUGUGUUUGUGUUGACAAAGUGUCCUUUGGUGGCGGAAACAGUGCCUUUAGCGCAACGCAAGCGAGUGUGUGCUGUGAUUGAGAAAGCAACCGUGAACGUGUGUAUGAUGAGAAGAUGAUGGUUUAAGCAAACAAAAAGGAAACAAAUACGAAUUAAGAACCAAAGCAAGCUGGUGUGAAAAGUGUCCGUGAAUAAACACAACAAGCAAGCAAAAAACACAAGUACAAAGUGCAGUGUAGCAAACGACAGAGCAGUGAAAUUCAAUUACGUGCGUGACUCCUUUUGCUCACCAACCAGGGCAAAACGAGUGAGAUAGUGAGGCGUUGAAACGGAUUAUUUGAUUUCGCAAAGCAGCAACAAAACAGCGACAGGCAGUCAUCAUGGUGACUGGAAUUGGAGCGACCGCGCAACAGGUUGCCGGAACGCCGGCCACCACCCAGAUACCGCCGGCCGAGCCGGUCAAACGUUCCAGCGAUAAUCGCCGGAGCAACAAACCGAUCAUGGAAAAAAGGCGCCGUGCCCGUAUCAACAACUGUCUGAACGAGCUCAAGACGCUCAUCCUGGACGCGAUGAAGAAAGACCCCGCCCGCCACUCGAAGCUGGAAAAGGCCGACAUCCUGGAGAUGACGGUGAAGCAUCUGGAGAACCUGCAGCGCCAGCAGACCGCCAUGUCGCAGGCGACCGAUCCGAGCGUGAUGAACAAGUUCAAGGCCGGCUUCAACGAGUGCGCCCAGGAGGUGGGCCGCUUCCCCGAGCUCGAGCCGCACGUCAAGCGCCGGCUCCUGCAGCACCUGAACAACUGCAUCAACGGUGUGAACAAGUCCGACCUGCCGAAGCGUCACCAUCACCAGCAGCAGCACCAGCAGCAACACAUUCUGCCCUCGCCACCGAGCUCGCCGGAACAGCACGGCCACCCGCACCCGUACGGGCUGGCCGGCCAUCCCGGCCCGCUCAGUGCCGUCCAGGCCGGCAACGGUGGCGUUUACAUGGCCGGCUCGAACGUGCAGCUCAUCCCCACCAAGCUCCCGAACGGUAGCAUCGCCUUCAUGCUGCCAACCGGUGCGCCCCACCAAACGCUCACCACCCAGGUGCACCCGUCCCAACCGCCCGUCCCGAUGCUCGUACCCAUCCCGAGCCGUACCGCCUCGACCGGAUCGGCUUCUUCGGGCCAUUCCGGCACCUCCUCGCUGUACGAUCGUGUGCCCCGCGAGCAUGCCACCUCCUCGCCCUACCAUGCACCGCCCAGCCCGGCCAACUCCCACUACGAGCCGAUGGAGUGCCACAGUGCGGUGAACAGCAGCAGCAACAGCUCCACCGGCUACCUGCACCAGCACCAGCAGUCAUCUUCGUCCUCCUCCUCCUCCUCCUCCAUGUCCUCGUCGUCCUCCUCCUCCUUCAGCAGCCCCGACAGCCCCCUGUCGCUGGUGAUGAAGAAACCGUACCACGACGAGGACGAGGACCACGAGAUGAAGCACGACGACGACGGCAAACCGUGGCGCCCAUGGUAAAUGUGUUUCGUGUGUGAUCGUGUGUGAUCGUGUGUGUGUGUCAGGCGAAGCCUAAGUACCUAAGGAGAAGAGCGGCGAGUGGGAAGAUGCUGUGCAGACUUCCGGUCCGGGUUGACAUUGCGCUUCAUCGCUGGCUGCAUUACCACCCACCGCUACCAGCACCACCACCCCCUCCCAUGCACCGCAAAGUGAUCACUAGUCAUACGAUUUUCCACCGAUGGGAAAUUCAUGCAUCUGAGUGUGUACAUGUGUUUGUGUGUGUAUAAAAGGGGGAUGAUCUUUGUGCAACAGUGUUGGUGCGUGCGUGCGCGGCCGAUCCGGGUGGGUGGCAGUAAGGCGCGGAGCGCGAAUGUGUUUGUGAUGCUGUGAGUAACUUUUAAGAAGAAGAAACAACAACAAAAAAGCAGGAAUCGAUUAGGGCAUUAGGAUGUUUGGUGCACAAAACGUAUGUUUGUGUGUGUGUGUGUGUGUAGCAUCUAGCAAAAAACAGGGUGUAAAAGCUUUAUCAACUACCGUCGUUACGUGAGAGUGUUUUUUUUAGUAAACAGGGGAACACACAGGGAUUAUUACCUUCUCCUCGCCAUAGUUUCAGGUGUGUUUUUUUUUGUCUCUCCCGACCGCAAGGUUUAGUUUUAGGAAUUGUUUAGUUUUGCAAAAAAAAAGUUAAUUUAGUUUCCCCCCUUUUUUUUGGCGACAAAAAUCACUAACGUCUUCCAGCGCGUAGUAAAAGUCACAUUGGCGCAGAGCAUAGGUAAAAGGCGCAACAAAAUUGCACACAUACACAUACAAAAGGAUACAUACAAACUCCCGCCAUUCGUGCCAAGCAAAGUGUGGUAGCAAAGUCUUCCAAAAAAACUUCCCCUGCGAGCACAAUUACUAUUGUGCUCAAGCAACAACCACAACAACAACCACUGUACACAAUUUGUCUGGCACACUGUGUUUGUCGUGAGAUUGUAUUGUGUGCCUGUUUGUGUGCGUGAUCGUGCGCCUUUGCCUUAGUGCUGAUCGUGCUUGUUUUUUAUUGUGUCGCAUUUUUCGCGACCCACAACAGGGUAGAUAGACGUUCUUUUAAGCGGCUAAGAGAACUUUUAAUUUAAAACGUUCGUUUAAAUUAUUGCUCACAACCUCACGUCUUUUGUUGAGUUCAGUAGGGGACAGUGGGUGAGAAAAAAGAAACACAAGAAAGGAGCUUAUGUAAGACACAAAGAGUGAGGAAAAACAGUAAGCAAAUCUGUAGGGAAAGGAAAAAGCAGGAGUGAAAGAGCAGAGCUAAAAAUUGUACAUACAUUAUAUAGAAGUUAAUAUAAACCUAGCCUGUAAGUGUCCUAGAGACGAGAUAUCCUAUGUAAAGAACAAAAAUAGUUUUUAUAUAUUUGUAUACAUAUAUUUUGUAAGAGGAAAGCCCGUAAAGAGAAAAUCCUAGCACUGGUCAGUGCGCAAAUUGUGAGAAUGAGAAAAUAUAAAACAAAAUUCAUACCAACAAAUAUGAUGAAACUUAA